CUAUAUAUUUGUGUGCGUGUGCUGCACAUAUAUAUGAGACUUGAACACACAAACACACACCACUUAUCUAUCCCCUUCUUCUUCUCUCUGUGGCUUUAAUUUCAUCUGUGGCGGCCAGACUUUCUCGAUUCUCGUUCCAAUCCCAUCGAAACGACAAAAAAAUGGUGGAUCUCCAGACUGUGUGUUGUAUGUGCGGCGAUGUGGGGUUCCCGGACAAGCUCUUCCGCUGCUCCAAGUGCCGCAACCGCUCCCAGCACUCGUACUGCAGCAACUACUACACCGAAUUGGCGGAGGCGAUCGAGAUCUGCGAUUGGUGCCAACACGAGCAAAGGAAUCCGUCGUCGUCGUCGUCAUCAUCGAGGCACGGGAAUUCGACGCCUAGGAAUACCAAGCAUGCAAAUGAAGCCAGGUCGGCCUACUCCGGCGACAAAAUCAAGCACCAAAGGACCGACGAAGCGCCGGACAAACCCGCCGGAAAAGCCCCCUCGCCGCGCCCCUCCGCCCGCAGGUACAAGCUUCUCAAGGAUGUAAUGUGCUGAAAAUAAGUGGACCCCAAAUUAGGAAAUAAAUAUCCUUGUUGUCUCUAUAUAUAAUAAUGAUAUUAAAAAUUAUAAGCUGGUAUUAGUAUGUUAUUAUGGUUGUAAGUUGUUUUCCAAGUGUUAUUUUGACUUAAAUGAGUUUUACUAUGGCUUUAUAUUUUCUCAUAUUUCAAGAAUAUUAGUAGUAGUAAUUAGUACUCCAUGUUAUUAUUAUAUGUGGAAAUGUAACAUUAUAUCUUGUGUUA